GGACUUUUGUAUAGACUUUGAACGACGACAGCAGCUGGUCAGGAGAUUUGGAUCCGAUGCGACGACUAGCCUUGCUACGUAGUAGCGACCUUACCUUGCUUGCAUUGGCAUUGGCAUUGGCAUUGACAUUGACAUUGACAUUGACAUUGGCAUUAUGAGUGCGUAGCCUGUUUCGCUCUUUCUGACUGGCUCACACAACUGAUGAACCAUCUAUUAAGCAGCCGACUGACUUGGUGUAAGUUUGUUUAUUUGUUAUUGUUAACUAACUGCUGAUGAGGGGUUGACUAAGAGUGCGAUAAGAUUGAUUGAUCCACUUUCCAUCUUAUCACUCGCUUCCUUGCUUCCUUCCUUCUCUUUCCCCGCCUUUUAGUCUACUUUGCUUUACUUCUGACAGCUGUUGCUUUCUCUUCCUUGUAUUCUUCAUCUUUUUGUUAUAUACCCUCCUCUCUCUCAUUCCUCUUUUUUCUUUCAUCUUCAAUUCCAAUAUGAAGACCCUCUUCAAGAAUGCCACUAUCAUCCCAGGAGUCAAUCCUCCCCCCGCAGAUUCUCCCACAUGUAUGAUCAUCGAAGAUGACCGCAUUGUUUACGUCGGCACCGAGGCCGAUCUUCCCACUGCCCCGGUGGAUCAUGAGGUCGAUUUGAACGGCAAGAAAAUCCUACCUGGAUUUAUUGACGGACAUAUGCACCUGCUGCUUUUCGGCGCCUCUCUCUCCAAGAUCGAUCUCAGCGACUGCAAGGACCUGGCCGACAUCCGCACGACAAUUGCGCGCGCCGCGGCCGAGAACCCCUCGGCGGAGCGUCUCUUCUGCCGCGGCUGGAUGCACAGCAUGACCGACGGCCAGGCGCUGGCCAGCAUGAUCGACGACCUCGACCCGCGGCCGAUCUUCAUCGACUCGAAGGACCUGCACUUUGCCUGGCUGAACACGCCCGCGCUGCAGGAGCUGCAGGUGGCCGGCCUCCCGGACCCGGAGGGGGGCACCAUCUACCGCGACGCCGCAACGGGCCAGCCCAGCGGGCUGCUGGGCGAAGCCGCGGCGGUGACCUACGUGUGGCCGCACGUUGCGCGCGUCUCGACGACCGAGGAGAAGCUGGCCUACAUCCGCAACGCGGUGCGGGCCUACAACGCCGCGGGCUACACGGGGAUGAUCGAGAUGGCGACGGACGAGAACCUGUGGACGACGAUGCAGCAGCUGCGCGCCCAGGAGCCCGUGCCCAUCCGCCUGGCGGCGCACUGGAUCAUCACCCCGUCGCAGGACGAGGCCGUCGUGCUGCGCCAGGUCGACCGCGCCAUCGCCCUGCACCGCGCGUACAACCGCACCACGUCGCCGGAUUUUCGCAUCGCGGGCAUCAAGAUCAUCUGCGACGGCAUCAUCGACGCCUGCACCGCCGCCCUCCUCGAGCCCUACGCCAGCACCGGCACCACCUGCGCGCCCCUCUGGGACCCCGCCCUUUUGGGGAAGGUCGUCGCCAAAGCCGACGCCGCCGGCCUCCAGUGCGCCCUGCACGCCAUCGGCGACCAAACCGUCCGGCUGGCCAUCGACACCCUUGAGGCCUGCAGCAGCAGCAGCAAGCGCCACCGUAUCGAACACCUCGAACUCACCCACCCCACGGACGCCCGCCGCCUCGCCCAACUCGGCAUCACCGCCUCCAUCCAACCCGUGCACGCCGACCCGGCCAUCCUGCGCGCCUGGCCCACCCUCCUCGGCGAAGCCCGCUGCCGCCGCGCCUUCGCCUACGCCGAAUUCGUCCGCACCGGCGGCCCCGUCGCCAUCGGCACCGACUCCCCCACCGCCCCGCACAGCGCCCUCCGCAACCUCUACACGGCCACCACGCGCCGCUCCGCCCGCGACCCCGCCCUGGCGGUCACGGUCAACCCGGCCUUCGCGCUGACGCUGCUCGAGGCCGUCGUCGCCGCCACGGCCGGCUCCGCCUACUCGUGUUUCGAUGAGGACCGCACCGGCUCGUUGGCCCCCGGCAAGGUCGCGGAUUUUGUGGUCUUGGACAUGGUGGCCUGGGAGGCCGGGCGGUUGCUCGACGCCGUGGUGCUGGAGACUUGGUUUGCGGGGAGGAGGGUUUAUGAGCACUGUGGUUAGGGGUAGGAUCUUGUUUGUAUAGUAUGGUUUGUGGGCUGAGGCAAAGGAAGGGGGUGGGGGGGUUAAAGGACCCACGGGGUUAUCUUAUCUUGGGUGGUGUGUCACCGGGUCGAGCAUCAAGCAAGUAAUACCUUAUUACGUGUCAGGGUUCUGUUGGCGCUGGACAGAAAAGUGGACUAGCGUAGAAAGAGGCGCUGAGUACACUGGAGCGGACUGUGCACUGUGCUGUGCUGUACAUACAUAGUAGGAUCAGAUGAGUUUACUGCU